AUGCAUCAAACUUACAAACAUGCCACCAAUGUGCGCGUCUGGCUCGGGAAUGACGAUCAGUCUAUUGACAUACGUGCUGGUUUAGCACUUAUAUCUCAUUGUCUUACAAAAUUUGAACAAGUGCGCGGGCGGAAGAAUUCAAAGCUUGAGAGCGACUGGGAUAUCUUGUAUUCCACUUCGUGGGAUACGAUUAUCUCGCGAGCUCUCUUUGGGGAAUUUAAAGAAAUCAUCACUGGAAAGGAAAUGAAUGUUUCAUUCGAAACAGUGGGAGCAAAAUACCGCAAGGCGAAAAGGAACCCAUCGUACAAAAAAUUGGCGAGCACACUGGACCUGAGUAUGGCACCGAGAGAUCUUCCUUCUGAAUGUCGCAUCGAGCCGGAGGUCACAUUGCGAAUCAACCACCUGAUCACGAGUAUUAUAGAAUACAAUGGGGCUUUCAAUCUUGGAAAGCUUUUAUCUAACUUUAGGGGGAAAGGUUCCAAAAUGCCAGAGGACCAGAUAUUUAGUUUAUUAGGAUUAACAGUGGAGAAAAACGCUCGCUAUAACAAGCAUCGCCAUGUAAAAUUUCCAGAGAUCGAUUACAAACAAUCGAUUCAGAAGCUGUGCACUGACACGACUAAAUAUAUAUUGGCACAAGAUAAUAACUUGGAUGUUCUCCGAAUGGUUAACACACAUGCGAAACCGGUAAACGACAAACAAUGGCCAUCGUGGGUUCCAAAUUUCACGUCACCCGUACCUGGAUCAGGGGAGCCGAAAAGCUCCUGUUGGCAACUACCACCAGCGGAUAUAUCGCGUACAAAGUUACCUCGAGAGAAGAUCAUUAAUACUGAAAAUGAUAAGUUGCAGAUUUAUGGACACGUGCUUAGCGAAAUCAGGAAGCCGGUCGGAAUAGUAGAGAACAACGGGCGGCGCGAUAAAGCGCUAGAACAUGAGAAGCGACCAAUAGGCAUUUGGGAAGACAGUGAAGGACGUGAGGUACAUGGGACAGUGGAUGUCAAGAAGGGGGAUUUGGUGGUUAUGGUUGCGCGUUCGGAGAGACCGUUGAUAUUGAGGAGGCUGAAGGGUGAAAAAGGAAAAGAGUGUGAAUGGCCUGAGUACAAUGUGGUUGGGACGGCCCAUAUACCGGAACUCGAUCUACUUAAAUUUAACGAUCUUGCGAAGAAGAUUAAGUGGGAUUUCCAGAAGAUGGCUAUAGUCUAA